UUCUACACCCCGGCAACGGCUCGCAGAGAAGUUUGUUGGUUGUAUUUUCCAGCCCAUGCGCGUUUCCAGCCCAAGCUGUGGCAAAGCCAGAGCUGUCCAAUGCAAUUUUCAGCCGGAAGAGCUCGAUGGAAGAAGGAGAUAGUCCUCGAGGUGAGAGGAUUACCCAGCACAGUGACGGAGCAACAGCAAGUUCAGCAGAUGAGUGCAGUAUCAAUCCAUCUCAAGCAGGUUCUUUGAAGGCCUCUGGAAAGAAGAAGAACAAAAAAAGCACCAAACUGAUGAAGAAAGGGAAACUCAAAAAGAGGGACACCAACGAGGUGUCUUCGCUGCAGCAAGUAGUUGUCCAACAGGAUAUGUUCGAGCAAGAAACGCCUCCCGAGCAGAGUCUGGCAAAGGAUCUCCAACGCCGAAAUGCAGCGGAUGAAGAUGUGGGCACUAUGCCACGUGAGUCUGCCUCUACUCGGCUCAGUUAUGGAUUCGAUGCAGGUGACCACGACGAUGCUCCGCUCCCAUGUCCAAAUUGUGGACACCAUCGCACAUCCUAUGUACCACACAGAGGGGGCUUGAAGAGGACAAAAGGCACCAGAGAGCGCAGAGUUGGGAUUUCCAACGGUCGUGUGGAUGUCAAAGAAUAUCAGGAAGACGAGGACAUAGAACCCGGGGCCCGGGUCGUCAAGCGGAGAUCCAGCGCUAUGGCCGUUUUGCAAUCAUUAACCAACACCAGUGAAGGAGGAUUCAGCUGCUGCGCCCAUGUCCUGCUUGCCUUGAUUGGCGGCGGCCGUCAGACCCGAACAUCUUGCCAACAAGCUGCCGAGGCUUUCCAAGCUGGAGAUGGCUGCAGUUGCUUUCUUUACCUGACCAUCAUUGUAUUUGGACACUUGUUCAUUUUUCUCCUGCCUCCUGCCUUUAUUUUUUGUGGACUGACAUAUGUGCAUCAGAAAGGGCCACGUGUGGAAGACAUUGAAGAGUUGGUGAAGGUUUCGAGCAAACAACCCUACUGGAUGAUUCUGAUGACAAGUAUUCUUGGAGCAGCGUCAACAGCGUUGAUCAUGGGGCCGCCUGCAUUCAAAGCAGGCAGUACGGGAGCUUGGCAGACCAUGGGUAGAAUUGCCAAGAUUGUAUUCACCCUCUAUCUCCUCUUCAGGACUGUUUACACAUGGGGUGAGGAAUUGGCAGUUCUGAGAACGAUUUUUGACCGGGAGUUUUCAAGGCAUCUUGGCUUGUCCACGGUGGUUCGCACAUUGAUGCUCUCCAUGGUGCAAUCUGCUACCAGCUCCCAAUGGAGCAGGUACGCUGAUCAGCUUGUUUUGAUGCUGGUGUACAACGACUACCUCAAUUUCAGGAAGGCUCAUGAAGAUGGAUUUGUGAAGAACUGGCGCCAAUACAUGGACACUGUUGAGAAAGCUGAGGAGGGCAAUGAGUUAACCAUGGUAGCCUUCAAAUCCAGACCGUACAGCAAGGAGAAAGGCAAGCUGAUCUUCACGAUGUACAUUGCGGUGCUGCUGGUGCGUUGCUGGACCUUUGGAUGGGGUGUUGCCCUUGUGUACUUCCCUCUCUUCACAAUUCUUUACCCAUGGGUGAUUCUCAUUGUGCUGAUGUUUAUGAUUCUCAUGCGAUUAAUUUUGGUGGAGUCUCUGAUGUGGAUUCUGAUCAAGCUGGGCAACCAAGGCUGCUGCGACAGAUUGCUAGCUCUUUUGCGACUGCUGUGUUGCCGUGGUGACAGGGAGGUGGAAGACUUGGAUUCAGAGCUUCAUUUUGAGACGCCAGAUGGCAAUCCAGACACAAUUAAGCUAUACCCCCGGCCCGGGCAUCAUGUUAGUGUCGAUGAUGACCGCAAGCAUUUGCGCACCAUUGCAAAUGCAAUGGCUUCAACAGGCUUUUUGCCUGGGAACUUUGAUCGAGCAUUAUGGCCUCAGCUUCAGUGUUGUGGGAAGCCCAUGCCAAGACUUCCAGGUCUCUUGUACACAAACAUCUCCUCAGAGAAAGGCUCGCAAGAAGAGCUGAGAAGAAACUACGAACAUGAAGUGGCGGUUCUUCAAGCUACUGGCAUCACUCGAGACGGAUGGUGUUACGUGAUCAUCUAUGCAGCCAUUGGCAAAGUGAUGGUGGACUUCAUGGUUGUGGUUCUGACACGCUUCAUGGCUGGAGUUGGCUAUAUGGACUGCGUUGUGCUGACUCUGACAGAUCGCAGCUGGCAGAGGUGGAUGGAGCAGUUCGACUACAUGGACACAAUCAACAGGAUUAAUCGAUGG